GAGACCGGCUUGCAGCCGAAACGUUCCGAGCCAGUCACUGUAGAACAUUCCUUGCAUUUUUCUUUCGUGUUUCACGUGAGUCAGUUUAUCUGAAUCGCCCAAACCGGUCAGUUGAAUACGGACGAACGUGUAGUGAAGAUCAAUCUUAUUGCUCUUUGAAGAAAGAUCGAAAGUGCCAUUUCUUCUUUCGAAGAAGACUCUUGACUUAUGUGUGAAGUAAUUGUGCAGUGACGUUGCCGCGUAUUAUUGCCUUGCGAGAUUUCGGCAAGAGUGUGGAUUAUUGGAUUAACACUGUAAAUGACGGAUAUCCAUACGAGAAAAAAAAAGGAAUGAGGAUGCUAUAAGCGCAGUGGCAUAGCGUCAAUAAAUCAGAAGAACGCUUUAAGUGCCGUUACGCAAUAUAAAAACAUAGUGUCAAAAUGCUUGUCGACGAGGUGCCACACAGCUUCAUGAAGAAGAAUUACAAUUACAGUCACUGCCCGUUAAAGAAGCGGCCGAUUUAUUACACAUCCGAGGAUGAAGAAGAAGUACCCGAAGCAAUCAAAGAAGAAAUAAUUGAUGUGGGAGUCGACGAUAUCCCCGAACCUGAGAACCUCAGCACGAAGCCCGAGGAUCUCAGUAGAACCGCGGAUCGUCAUCAUAGUCCCCAACGACAACAGCAGCAGCAGCAGCAGCAGCAGCAGCAACAGCAACAACAACAGCAAGAAUCACAGGAACGCGCAUCCAGCAGGAUGCCGCCUCCGAUUUUCAAGACGUCUCCUCCACCUUUGACAAUAGAACCAUCCUCGCCGACGACUCACCACGCGAUGCACUACGUCCACCAGUUACAUCAUUAUCACCAUCACUAUCCGACCAAGACUAUCACGCCGCCAGCGGGAAUCGCGCCGACCCAUCAUCCGAUGGUGAAGAAAGCGCGAGUCGAAGUGAUCCAGCAUGACAAUUCCACGACACCUACGGCGGGUGUGACGGCGACGUCGACACCGUUGCAUUUUAUGGCGAGCAAGGCACCUCUGGAGCCGUUGAAUUUGAAUCCUCCGGUGGAGCCGCUGGCUCAUUACCCUACGCCAGCCUGGACUCGCACGGGCCCGCUGUAUCCAUCGCAUUAUCUGCCAUACGCCCCGCCUACAUAUCAUCGCUAUCCUGGAGCGGAAUUAUAUUCGUCGUAUCCGGUACCGGCGUAUCCGCACUCCUCGCCAGAACAUCACCCGUCAGUUUCGCCACCGCCCCACGGUGCAUUGACUUGUUCGACGAUUCCACGGCCCAUUGCCAGGACCUAUCCUCACUGGGGUAGUCCGGAUCAUUGUGGUUUGUCGCCUACGAGUUCCGUGGGCUCCGGUUCUCUGCGAUCUCCGCCGCCCGUGACGCCGGAAGACCUCUCCUCGCCCAGCAGUGACAGCGGUAGAUCGUCCGCUGGCAGCACCUCUGCCGGGACCAUGAUCGGGCCCACGAAAGUAGAGAAGGGCAGUCCGAACGCCAGUGCGAGUACCACCUCGAGCACGACGUCGUCCAGGUAUUCAUGCGAGAACUGCAAGAAAUCGUAUUCGACAUUUUCCGGCUUGUCGAAGCACCAGCAGUUUCACUGUGCGGCCGCUCAAGGCCAGGCAAAGAAGUCUUUCUCGUGCAAAUACUGCCAGAAGAUAUAUGUCAGUUUGGGCGCGCUUAAAAUGCACAUCCGGACACACACGCUGCCCUGCAAGUGCCAUACGUGCGGCAAGGCGUUCUCCAGGCCGUGGCUGCUUCAGGGUCACAUCCGGACGCACACCGGCGAGAAGCCCUUCCGAUGUCAACACUGCAAUCGUGCGUUCGCCGACAGGAGCAACCUCAGGGCUCACCUGCAGACUCAUAGCGACGUCAAGAAGUACUCCUGCGACAGGUGUAGCAAGACAUUCAGCAGGAUGUCGUUGCUUACAAAGCAUCAGGACGGCGGCUGUCCCGGGGUGCCGGUGUCAGUCGGCUAUUCUUGCUAAAAGUUUCACGUUUCUGUGACCUAUGACAUGUAUGUGUCAUUCGUUUUUUAUUUCGCGGUCUCAAAGUGCCUUAGAAUACAGUACAAAUGUCGAGUUAGUGAAGUCUGGUAUCUUGGUGAAUCGCUCGCGAAAUUUCGAUUAAUCAAUCCUUUCGCCAUCGGACUAUAUCCUUUCAGAAGAAAGUGAGCUUUAAAAAAAAACAAAAGUUGACAAAAACGUUUUCCGAAAAGUUGCAUUUUAUGAAGAAAAAAAUAUUCUUUUUUUAUCUUGAAUUAAUUCUGAAAAUAAGAAUUUAUUGAAUUUUAUCAUUUUGAUUUUCUGACAGUGGCGAAUUCACAAUUCCACACAUUCUCGUUAAAUAUACCGCUCGAUCAUAUCGAACACACCUUAUUAAGAAGUUGACUCGCCAGACAGAUAUCUCGAAAAAUUUCGUGAGAGUUGGUUUCGUUUGUUUAUUAUCCUUCGCUGUAAAUAUCCGUGUACGAGUGUGCGACAUACAGCGAUUCACAAAAUAUUUCUCUUUUAAUUAACUAAAAUAUUUCUUGUUUUAAUUUAAUCAAUUGCCAAACUUCAAAUUUUGUUUGUAGAAAAAAUUUAUGAUUUUUUUCUAAAAAACACAUGAAGAAAUAUAUAUUACACUAUAAAUGAGAGAUCCAGAAAGAAUAUCAAUCAUUUGAGGUCUGCAAUUGAGAAAUAAAUAGUUUUGUGACUCAUUGUAUGAGCGUGCUGACGAUAUAAUAGUACUUAUAGAGAUUAUUUCGUCCUUCCGAGAGAUCGGUCACGUCGCUCCGAGCACGUGUGAGAAAUAUCGAAUAUAAAAAGCUGCUCGAUUACCGCGUGAUGCGGUCCCGUGAAACUGCUGUGCCAUUUUUUUUUUAAUAUUUCAUGCCAUUUUUUUCAUUUGUUCUAAUGCACUCGAGCACAUAAAACGCGAUUAUAAAAUGAAGAGAUCGAGAAAUAGGACGAUUUGCACGUUUCCUUUUUUUUAGUUAUAUUUCGUUUCUUUUGUCGGCGUGCGAGCGCUUCCGAACAUUAUUUAUGAUUGUGACUCGAUCGAAACUUAUUUAUAUUAAUUACGCAACGAUUCUUUGUAGUUUCGGUGGAAAAGAAAUCGUCUGAAAUAAAACGGGAUAUGAAAUGCGAUGCGUUUCAUAAAAAUAUUGCAUUAAAUGAAAUAUUUUCGGAAAUAUAGGGUGCAAAUAAAGGCUUGUCACGCUGCGAUGCACCAAAGUGCCAUUCGCGAAAAGCGCCACGUGCGCGUCGCGCCGGGGUGGAACCUCAUUCGCGCGCUCGCACGCGUUAACACGCGAAUUGUACAUAGUUCAGCGCUUAACGGUUAGCGAGUAAAAUACGCACAAUACGAGUAUUACAAUUUGCCCGCGUUGGGCAAUUGGAUCGAAAAGAGGAAGACAAGGUCGCUUGACGCGUAGAAAAAAAAAACGACGAGAGAUCUCGGCUUCGCAUUAUCAUUUUCUGUAUUUUGCAUUUCGCAAAUCCACCGUAAGUUUCUUAAACAAACUAGUCAUUGUAUUAUACGCAGAGGGACAAAAGACUCGUUAUGAUUAUUGAAAAAGAUAUAGAGAGAGGUAGAUGUUAGAGUGAGAGCCAUCGUUGCGUAUGUACUUUUACUUUUUAUCGUGCGUGUAAUUAGCAGCAUGGCUCAGGCGAGUACCACUAUUCCUAGUUUUGUAAAGAAAAUAAACUACUACGAAAUACAUAUAUUGCCUAUGUAUAGAGAUAUUUUAUAC